GAUCAAUUUGCAGAGGAGGCGUCAAAUGUUUAGCAGGAAAGCCUUAGUUCCCUUUGUUAAAUUGGAUUUCUGUCUUUUCUGUAGCACAUUUCAAGUGCAGCUCAGUAAACAAGCGUGCAACUUUUUUAAAAAAUUUAGAUUACAGGAGCAGCCAUGGUUUCAUGGAUUGUAGGUUCAGCAAUAGCCAUUGCCCUGUAUAUUUUAAUGUACUACAAUUUCCUGAAAGGGGUGCCAUGUCGGAGUGACACCUCGCUGAAAGGAAAGACAGCGAUAGUCACAGGUGCGAACACGGGCUUGGGGAAGGCGACGGCGCUCGAUUUUGCUCGCCGAGGUGCCCGGGUAAUAUUGGCUUGCCGGAGCAAAGAGCGAGCGGAGCCGGCGAUCUUCGACAUCCGGAAGAAGAGCGGCAACAACCAGGUGAUCUAUAUGCACCUCGACCUUGCGAGUCUUAAAUCGGUGAGGGCUUUUGCAGAGACCUUUCUACGAUCAGAACCCCAGUUACAUUUGCUCAUCAAUAAUGCAGGCACUGGAUCCUCUGGCCAGACAGUUGAUGGAUUCAACAUAGCUUUGGGAGUAAACCAUUUAGGCCACUUCCUUCUCACUAACCUGCUGCUGGAGCGGCUGAAACAGUGCGCUCCAAGCCGCAUUGUUGUCCUCUCCUCUUUGGCUUACUGCCUAAGCAGAAUAGAUUUCAGUAACCUGAGCAUUACAGAUGGAGGCCUUAUCAGAGAAGUCCAGAAGUACUGUCUCAGCAAGCUCUGCAACAUACUUUUUGCGAGGGAACUUGCGAAUCGUCUGGAGGGAACAAAUGUCACAAGCUACGUUGUGCAUCCAGGUUUUGUGUUCACUGAUGUGUUUCGUGACUUGGGACUCUUGGCUAAAUUAGUGUUUGUCCCCAUUGCCUUCCUUUUCUUUCAAACUCCGGUGGAUGGAGCUCAGACAACCAUUUACUGUGCUGUGCAAGAAGGGAUCGAGAAAUUCAGUGGCAGAUAUUUUGCUGAUUGUAAGGUUCGGAAGGUCUUUCCUCAUGCACGCGAUGAUGCAGUGGCCAAGAAACUCUGGGAAGUCAGUGAAAGGAUGGUUGGACUCUGCAGACAUUAACAGCGAAAGAAACCGCAGCUAAUUUCUAAACUCUUAUGAGCAACUUUAUAGAAUUUAUAUGUGAAAACAACUGAAUACUUACAGCUUUCUUUCAGUUUUAUAACUGGUCUUCUAAGUUGUAAAACCAACUAAAUUAAAAGCACGAUCAGUUUUCAAGUCAUGCAGCAUUUACAGAGAGGAAUAAAAAAAUUGUUGUUUCGGGCGGAGACCCUUCAUCAGGUGGCCUGACAUAUCAGCUGUUUAUUUCCCUCCAUAGAUGCUGUCUGACUUGCUGAGUCCCUCUAGAAUGUUGUGUGUGCAGCUCAGGAUUUCCCAGUGUCUACAGAUUCUAUUGUGUUGAUCAGUUUUCAAACUAUUUUUCCCUUACUCUUUAAGCUGCAGACAGCAAACUGCACUGAUGGACAUUGGGGCAAUCCAACCUGGAAAAUACACAAACUCUGGAAUGAAAACUUACAAUUUAAAAACCUUAAAUACAAUUAAUUCUUCAUUCAUUGUAAGAGCUCUAAGCUAAUUAGAUUUUUUUAUGACAUAAAAGUAAGUCAUUCAAUCCGUUGAGUUGAUGUCAGCUCUCAGAACAAUCCCAUUCACUCACCACUCUGUUCCACAGGGACAGUACAGUGGGGCUGUUGACUAAUAGCUGUGGUGACCCAAAGUCUCAUGUUGACCUUUGUUGUAGGCUCUGUCAAGUUUACACAUUCUUCCUGUGUGUGGAUUUUCUUCCACAUCUCAAAGAUGUGGGCUAGGAGAAUAUCUGGCUCAUUGUACAUUAUCCAGAAGAUGUUGAUGAAUGGUAGAUGGGAAGUUGAUUGGGAAUGUAGAGAGAACAAAAUGCGAAAUAUAUAAUGGAAUACUUGAUGGUCAACAUGGACUCAGUAAGUCAAAGACCCAUUUUAUAUUGUAUGACUCUUACUACAUCUCAGUCGGUUUGACAGACCAUUGUAGCACCUUCACAUAUAAGAGUAUAUUUUCUAGGUUGGUGUUCAGGAUCUGUGUACAUUGAGAACUGUCAAAUAUUUCAUCUGGGAGAUGUAUGCUUCUUAUUUUGCUUUUGGCAGUCUAAGCAGCAGUGCUGAUUUUUCUUUUUUCUGACUUCACACUUUCCAUUUGAAAAUUUUCAGUCCGGAUAUGUGGGCCAUCAACCUCUUCUCAGCUAGGCCAUUCUCUCUAAUGGUGUCAUUUUCCUGAGUAGAAUCUAGUCCUUUCCUCGUCAUUCUAGUAGGGGCACUGAAUGAUACUGGAGGUUGAGGUGUUUGUCUGAUGGAACCAAUGUCAGCACUGUCAUUCUCCACCACUCUGCCCUUCAUUCCCUUCCCGCUCCCCACAUGGUAAUCUGAGGACCAUUGGUGCCAGUCCCCUGUGGGAACAGUGCAGUCAAACUCAGCCCUGUGCUUUUAUUUUUCUCGUUCAAACUCCAUAAAUGAAUCUAUCUCCAUCACCCUGAAGUCUAGGUUGCUAACUACUGAUUUGGAUAAAUAUUUUCCUUGUGUCCUUAUAACACCUCUGCCAGCAGCUUUUCCAGGUGAUCAGUUGACUUUGCUGGCUACUUGCCCUUUAAAACUAGAGUACAUGGACAUUGCAAUCUUUUGACAUUACAAUAACCUGUUUCAAUAUCAGCCUCCGAGCGUGUGGUACCCACAAUGUGGGUGAAGAUUGGACCCACAUGACAGCUGAACAAGAUAAGCUACAAACAAAAACAACACACACACACACACACAAACACACAAAAUGCUGGAGGAACUCCACAGGUCAGGCAGCAUCAACGUAGGGAAAUAAACUGAUGUUUCGGGCCAAGACCCUGCAUUAGAACCACAAAAAAGAAUAAAGUAAGGGAACUGCUGGGCUUAACCAGCACUCUUCCCAAACUCUUUGCUUCGAGGCUGAAUUUAGUCAGGUGCUCUGGGCCUAAAUGUUAUCUUAGAUGUUAAUCUGGAAAACCAGAACGUGAAGGUGGUGGAGAAUGGAGAUCCCAUAUGGAACACAGAACAGUUUAGCUCAGGACAGGCCCUUCAGCACAUGAUGUGCAAACUAAUAAAUAAAAGCCUACCAAACUGCCUACAUGUCCAUAUCUCUUCAUAUUUUGUAUGUUCAUUUGCCUGUCUCAAGAGCCCCCUAAAUUCCUUGACCCAGCCAUCUCCUAUCCGCCCCCCAAUCUUAAAUGCAUGUCCUCUGGUAUUAUAGGCUCCAUGUGCCACCUAGGCACUAAGGGUUCAGAGGACUGGUAUUAAACAUUACGACCCUGAGAGAAAAUUACUGCUGCUUUACUCUGUCUAUGCCUCUCAUGAUCUGAGAAACUUCCACCAGGUCUGUCCUCAGCCUCCACCACUCCAGAAUAAACACAUUGGUCCAUUCUCUCCUUGUAGCACGUACCCUCUAAUCCAAGCAACAUGCUAGUAAACUACUCUGCACCCUCUCCAAAGCCUCCACACCUUUCCUAUAAUGGGAAUUGAAUUGAAUACAAUACUUCAGAUGCUAUUUGGGUUUUGAAGUCAAGCGUAGGAAGUAGUGUUGCUUUAUAAAGCUGAAACUUCCUUAUUCUUGAUCUCGAAACCUUGACUAAUAUUUGUAUUCUAAACCUUGCUAUUCACUGGAAGUGCUUUCUGUUGCUUAUUCAACUGAUGCAGAUUCAGAUUAAUUUCUUUAUCACACAUACAUCAAAACAUAGAGUGAAAUGCGCUGUUUGCAUUAAUAACUAACAGCUUAAGCAUGUACUGGGGGCAGCCCACAAGAGUUAUCGCACAUCAGGCCGCAGCAUACCGACAUGUCCACAGAACAAUACAAUCAACAAUAGCAAAACAAAAACAAGAAAGUGCAGAUGAUGGAGAUCCAGAGCAACACUCAAAAUGCUGGAGGAAGUGAAUGAACAGUUAAAGUUUUGGGCAGAGACUCUUCUUCAGCAAAACAAAUCCCUUUUCCUCUUUACCAGCUACCCACUCUCAUGUACAACAGAUCUUCAAUUCCAGGUCAAGCCUAAAUUUGAGUUUACUAUGUUCCUAAGUUUUGAAAACUUAUUUACCAUAAAGACAUGCUGGUGACACAAUAGUUAAAUUAACAGGCUAGCAAACUAGACCAACAUUCCAAAAAUCCAAAUUCCAGCCCCAUUAAGGCUGCUGUGAUAUUUUAAUUCCGUUAAUAAUCUGGAAUUUAAAAAUGCAAAUUAUUAGUAAUGCUGCCUACAAAAAUUAAGGAUUGUCUUAAAACCUGUUGCCUCACUGACAUACUUCAGGGAAUGAAAUCUGCCUCCCUAUGUGCUCCAACUUGUGGGUGACUCCAACCCAUGAGGCUAGAUCUUAAAUACCCUCUAAAAUUGUCCAGCUUCUCAAAAGUGUAAUUAGAAAUGGAAACUAAAUGUUGGCCUCAUCACUGACGCUGGAGUCCACUGUUCCCUCUAAUCUGCGUGGGUGCACGGCCGCGCAAUAACUGAAGUGCAUCCACGCACGUAGCCUUUGUUGCCACACAGCUGAAAUUUUAUAUAAUGUUAGUAUAUUUUGGAAAUUAUGCUAAUAAAGUUUGAAAUAUAUGUUAAUAUAAUUGUGAAAUUAAUUAUCUUAAUGAAUAUGGAUCCAUAGCACAAUAUUUACUUUGAAACAUUUUAGUGCUUCAGCGUAUUUACAUACUGUUUUAAUUUACACUAUUACAAUUUGUUACAAAUAACAGAAUGGAAGUUGAUAGCUCAUUGUUAAUAAACUGCUAGCCUGCAGAA